CUGGCAGCACUGUCAAGUUUUGAACCAUGCCGCUGCGUGCGAAUGACGGAAGGUUGCUACAAUUUUUGUCUUUUUUAGGUUCUUGUACUUUUCCUUGUGUGUAAUUGUGUAUAAAAUCUCAAUUGAUUAAGUACCCUGCAGUUAUUUGUGUCUAUUGAAAUAAUAAUACGUGAGUGAAUUUGAAAGAAAUUGGAUUUUACUCGGCACCAGUAUUGCCCAACUUUCCUUUACGGGCGUUUUUUCGCUGUUGAUUUGUGAUUUUGUUGUCAAUUUAUCAUUUGGAACGACCAUGCCUCAAGUGCGACAAGAGUAUAUCUUAGAAGCAAUUGACCAGCUCCGUCGUCGAAAAUCGCGACCAGAUUUGAACCGGAUUACCAAUUAUGUUUUCCGCCGAUACUCAGCAAGUUGCAAAGACACUGCCGCUGUUCUUGAAAAACUAGUCGAAGAUGAAAUCGUUGUAAAGGUUGAUUACAAGGGAUGUACUAGUUACCGCAAUGCUGCCAAAUGGUCUCAGAUAGCUGAUUACAAAAGUAAGCAGGAGCAUGAGUAUGUUACCGUUCUUGUCUGCAGGACUGUAGCCGAAUUAAUUUUACUAGAACCCGCUUACCUCGAUGGGGGGGUACCCUACGAUGUCCUGGGCAAGUACGUUGCCCGUAAAGAUAAACGCUUUACCAAGUCUUACUUCAAUUACAUUCUAGAAAAUGAGAUAGAGGGUGGUAGUUUAGUGAAACUACCUAAUGGUAAUUAUUUUGUUGGUGAUAUGGAUGCUGUCGGUAAACACAAUGCUCCUGCAGAUGGAGCUGGUCUCUCACAGGAACUUCUCACUUCAAUGGAUGCGUCAUCUUCUAGUGAUCUUUCACUUGGCGACUGUAGUUCAUCUAAUCCGGACAUGAAUGAUAUGGUCAAGAACAUCCGAGAAAGCCUUCUUGUUAGAAAACGGAGAAAGAGAAAGCAAAAAGCCGAGAUAAAACAUGAAGGUGAUGGUGCCACAGUCAAAGAAAAGCAUAAGAAAAAACAAGAGCCUGUUCUGGCAGCAACAAGUGUAGAGGAACAGAAAAAUGAUGGUGCCACAGUGAAAGACAAGCAUAAGAAAAAACAAGAGCCUGUUCUGGCAGCAACAAGUACAGAGGAACAGAAAAAUGAUGGUGUCACAGUCAAAGACAAGCAUAAGAAAAAACAAGAGCCUCUCCUGGCAGCUCCAAGUGUAGAGAAACAGAAAAAUGAUGGCCCCGUUUCAGCCAAUGAAAACUUGUUAGGAAAUGAAACAGCCAACAAAGUAUCGAAAGGAACCAAAUCAAAAGAACAUGAGGCUGAAACACCAAGUGAGAUGGUGUUUGAUGACGAAGCUUCAUUACCACCUUUACCACGCUUCAAGGCAGAGCCUCCAAGUAUCCCAACUCCUGUUAACUUGGUUGAAGAUGAAGAAGAGAAUGUGGAAGAUGAUCUCACUUGUCCGAAGACAGAAGAAACAGAAGCAAAGGAGGAAGUCUCCACAUCUAAGAGAGUGGAUCUUGUGGACUUGAACCUAAAUGGGAGGCGAAAGCGUUCAAAAAAAGUCGUUUUUGAUCCAUCGGAUAAUAAUCUACCCAAAGUGAAACGGUGUAAAAAGGGUAAACCUCCUUCGGCUGUAAAAAGCUCACCUCCUGGAAGCAAAAACAACUCUCCCAAUAAACAACCACGGAAAAAUUCCUGCGAUUCAAUUGAAAAGGUGAAGAAAUCGGAUGUCAACCAUUCCACAUCAAUUUUCCAACCAGUUUGCAGUAUUUGUGAUUGUACCGAAAAGGAGGUUAACGGCUCUCUAGAUUCAUUCAUCUCUUGCACCGACUGUAUAACAAAAGUUCAUCUAAAAUGUUUUGAAGAAACAAAAUCACCCGGGUCCUUUUGGAAAGUGAACACAUCCCAUUGGCAAUGCUCAAACUGCAAAACAUGCUCAGUUUGCGAAGACUCAGCAGAAGUGGAUAAACUCCUCAUUUGUUAUGCCUGUGAUGAAGCAUAUCAUGCAGUCUGCCACGAUACAAUUUCCAGCUGUAAAACUAAAAUCUCAAAGGAAAAUGAUAAAUGGAUUUGUCGUGGCUGUUUUCUUGCUUCACAAAUCGCGUUGGUGGACGAAGCAAUGAAAGCACGUGCAGAACGUACAGAAUGUGCAGAAGAGAUUCUAUCAGCAAAAAUUGAACCAGCUUCAUUACCGCCGUCUCUUAAUUGCUCUCGAGCUGACACAGACACUGAGUCAGUGGAUCAUAAAGAAUCGGUUAAUAUCGAAAGUUGUUUCAACGAUCCUUUUGAAGGACAUCCUAUUGAUGAAUCUAUUCCCGAUGCCAGCAAAUGGUCUUGCGAGGACGUCUACAAAUACUUCACUAAAUAUUUCCAACAGUCAAUCGCAGAAAUAUUUAAACACCAGGAAAUUGAUGGAUUGUCAUUGCUCUUGAUGAAGCGACACAACAUAUUACACGAUUUUAAUUUAAAGCUUGGACCGGCUCUAAAAGUUUAUGGUCAUGUCAGAAGACUCCAAAUAAGAAGAACUGCUCCUCAACUUUUGUGGCUGUGAAUUUAGUACAUGGUUUGCGCAUUGACACCAAAUCCUGGAAGUAUCUUCGAAGAAAGAAAAUUGUCCUUUGAAUAAUAUUUUCAGGUAAAAAUAUGCAUACUUUUGAGUUGUAAGCACUGAAGUUUAAAAAAUUUAACACCCCUACUUCCCUUUUAGUGAAGUAAACAAGAGAGAGCUAAAGUUUUUCAUCCCUGGUUUUAAAACCACAUAUUUUCCCUCUCUUCAGGGUAUCUACAAGUCCGGAAAUAGUACUGAUUUUUUAAGGGUGGUCCGGAAGUACUGAAAAAGUGAGGAAAUUCUGCAAGGAGGUCUGGAAUUUUUGUUAAUUUUAUCGCAAUUCAAGCGAGAAUUUCAAAUUUUUGAAAUUUUUCGAAUUCCAUCAAUUGAAAGUACUGGAAAAGUACUGAAAUGUUGAGGAGGUCCUGAAUUUUCGGGAAUGUACUGAAAAAAGACUGUAAAAGUACUGAUUUUUGGCCAGCCUGUUUUAGUAGACACCCUGCUCUUGCAAUGCAGUUGCCAGACUCACUCAAAAGUAAAAUCACUUAGGAAAUGGGGGAAAAAGAAAUCAUGCGAAAAUAUUUCGGCUAUCUUGAUUUAGGUUUAAAUACUUGAAUAAUUUGUGUGAAGUUUUGCAAUAUGUGUCAUUUUUCUGGAAACAGCUUAUUUUUUUUGUGGUUCCAACUCUGAAUUUUUCAUAUGGUAAAGUUUGCAGUUUUUCCGUAGAUAUACUUAAUAAGAAGGAUCGAGAAAAUUUGGAAGAUAGAAUUAUUCGGUUUACUCUCAGUUCCUCUUGCAAGUUUAAAAAUUAAUUUGAUUAUUCUAUUUUCCUCUAGGGUUUAUCCCCCUCUUUUGUAAUCACUACAUACCUCUAACGUUUUGUUGAAUUUUGUUGGUACGUUGGAUGGUUAUCGAAAUGUUUACAUGUGCCAGCUAUUUUUGUGUAAAUAAUUAUUAUAUUUUAAAAAAUUAAAUUUUAAAAAUCUUUUUCUUUUUCAAUAAAGAAAUGAUGGAAUUAACUG